GGCGCUCUCCUCCUCGCGCCUCGCACUCUCGCACCUCGCGGCCACGCGGGGGAGCGGCGCCGCCAUGCGCGCCCAGUCCCAGGCUGCACACUGGCCUAGGCGCGGCGGCCCGAGAUAGGGUCCCCUGAGCCUCCCGGGGGAGGAGAGGAGCCAGUCGCGCGCUCCGCCCCCUCCCCCCGGGUUGCCGCCGCCGCCACCGCCACCGCCACCGCCACCUCCACCACCGCCACCUCGCCGCCCCAGCCUGGCGGGGAAGAGGAGGAGCAGUUGCAGGCCUCCGGGCCCCCCGCACCGCCGCCCGCAGGAUAAUUCUGAUUCAUUGCAUCCUUGAAGAGCAUCAAUAGAAGAAGGGGAAAAAAAGAUGGGUGUGAAAACAUUUACUCACAGCUCCUCUUCCCACAGCCAGGAAAUGCUGGGGAAACUAAAUAUGCUGCGAAAUGAUGGACAUUUUUGUGAUAUCACUAUUCGUGUCCAGGACAAAAUCUUCCGGGCUCACAAGGUGGUACUAGCAGCCUGCAGCGAUUUCUUUCGAACCAAACUUGUCGGCCAAACAGAAGAUGAGAACAAAAAUGUGUUGGAUCUGCAUCAUGUUACAGUGACUGGCUUUAUACCUCUUUUAGAAUACGCUUACACAGCCACUCUGUCAAUUAACACAGAAAAUAUUAUUGAUGUUCUAGCGGCAGCCAGCUAUAUGCAAAUGUUUAGUGUUGCUAGUACAUGCUCAGAGUUCAUGAAAUCAAGUAUUUUGUGGAAUACACCUAAUAGCCAACCAGAAAAGGGUCUAGAUGCUGGGCAAGAAAAUAGCUCCAACUGCAAUUUUACUUCUCGAGAUGGAAGCAUUUCUCCAGUGUCUUCAGAGUGCAGUGCUGUCGAGAGGACCAUUCCUGUCUGCCGAGAGUCCCGAAGAAAACGCAAAAGCUACAUUGUUAUGUCUCCCGAGAGUCCUGUAAAAUGUAGCACACAAACAAGUUCCCCCCAGGUAUUGAAUUCUUCAGCUUCCUAUGCAGAAAAUAGAAAUCAGACAGUUGACUCUUCUUUAUCUUUUCCUUGGACUUUCCCUUUUGGAAUAGAUCGAAGGAUUCAGCCUGAGAAAGCAAAGCAGGCAGAAAAUGCCCGGACUUUAGAAUUGCCUGGCCCAUCUGAGGCAGGUCGAAGAACGGCUGACUAUGUGACGUGUGAAAGCACAAAACCCACCUUGCCUCUAGGUACAGAAGAUGAUGUCCGGGUCAAGGUAGAAAGAUUAAGUGAUGAGGAGGUCCAUGAGGAAGUGUCCCAGCCUGUUAGUGCAUCUCAGAGCUCACUGAGUGAUCAGCAGACAGUGCCCGGAAGUGAACCAGUUCAAGAGGACCUUCUGAUUAGUCCACAGUCUUCCUCUAUAGGCUCAGUAGAUGAAGGAGUCACUGAAGGAUUGCCUACGCUUCAGAGCACUUCUAGCACCAAUGCUCAUGCAGAUGACGAUGACAGAUUGGAAAAUGUUCAAUAUCCCUAUCAACUCUACAUUGCUCCUUCUACCAGCAGUACAGAGCGGCCAAGUCCAAAUGGUCCAGACAGACCGUUUCAGUGUCCAACCUGUGGGGUCCGCUUCACCCGUAUUCAGAAUCUAAAACAGCACAUGCUUAUCCACUCAGGAAUUAAACCAUUUCAGUGUGACUGCUGUGGAAAAAAGUUUACCAGGGCUUACUCGCUAAAGAUGCAUCGCCUAAAGCACGAAGGUAAACGCUGUUUCCGGUGCCAGAUAUGUAGUGCCACUUUCACUUCCUUCGGGGAGUAUAAACACCACAUGAGGGUUUCCCGGCACAUUAUCCGCAAGCCUCGGAUUUACGAGUGCAAAACAUGUGGCGCCAUGUUCACCAACUCUGGAAAUUUAAUCGUGCACCUGAGGAGUCUGAACCAUGAAGCAUCAGAGCUAGCAAACUACUUCCAGAGCAGUGAUUUCUUAGUACCGGACUACUUAAACCAGGAGCAAGAAGAGACCCUUGUUCAGUAUGAUCUUGGAGAACAUACUUUUGAAAGCAACUCUUCUGUUCAAAUGCCUGUGAUUUCACAGGUCUCCUCAACCCAGAAUUGUGAAAGCACUUUUCCCCUGGGGUCUCUUGGUGGGCUUGCAGAAAAGGAGGAGGAACUGCAUGAGCAGCCAAAGACCAGUGCUCCUGCAGAGGUGGCCAGGGAUGACCCCCCUAAGGCAGAGCUGUCUGCUAUAACUAUUGAGUAAUUCUGUCAUUGGCCUGGGGUUUGGUUUUUUGAAAAGUGCCUGUGCUUGGUCUCAUAUGUUUAAAUUUAAUUUAAUUUUCAAAGAAGGAUUCCCUUUGUAAGCCCUAAAACUGGAGGGUUCUAUGUUUUGUUUUGUUUUUUUCAUAGCUGAGAGAUUGCUUCUGUAUGUAUAUAAUAAGGUAACAUUGAAACAGAACAUAAACUUAAGGAAAAGCAGCUGACUUAGAACAUGGCAGUUCUUGUUCCCAUUGUUAAAAGUGGGCAGCAGCAGAUACAAAAGAACUCAGGCUGUGGUUGACCUUCCUGAGGUAAGAGGGCUAAGGAGAAGUUACUAAACAGUUUGACAAUGCCUAAGUAAAUGUGUACUCCUAAAUGCAGGGUAUUAGAAACCCUGUGGUUUUGGAAGUAUUUGUGGUAGGUUUGUUUUUGGUUUUGGUUUUGUUUUUUUCAGAUGAAGGUAAAUAACUUCUGAAAUCCAGUAUAUUCUUUUUUAAGCCAUUUUGAAUUCUCAUAGUGAAAAAUUGGUAUCAGGCAAGUAUUUCCUGUACCUUUAUAGUACCACUCCAGAGGCUAAGAGGUGUGGUUGAGAGGAGUCAGGCUGCACAUGGAAUGGCAGGGUGCAGAACGAGGUACGUAUACCCAGCUUUGCAGGAACUCUCUUUCUGGUCAUUGAAUGCUGACACCUGGCUAACUAGGGCAUUGCUCAGAGAAGUGUCCUCGUGUCCCACCAACAGCACAUUCACUUGCAUAUACUAUUGUGCUGCCAUAUAAAGGAAAAAUAGUGAAGAUAGUCUAUAUUUUAUAUAUAGGUUUAUGAAUUGUUGAGGAUGUCGAUGCUGUGCUGUUUUGGACAAAAUAAAAGAAUUCUGUUUUGAGGCUACAUUCUUAACCCAAUUAAGAUUGUUUACAAGAUCACAUAUGACAACAAUAUAAUGUCCUUAUUCCAAAAUAUUUUGAGGUAUUGCCAAGUUUGUUAAAAGCGGCUAUUCCAAUUUUCACGGGAUGUAAGCAAUAAUGUAAAAGAUAAGACGAGGUUGUGAAUGAUCAUCUGUGACUCAGACAUUGGAGGAGGGAUUGUUAAGACUAGAAUCUAGAAAGUUUGCUACUCAGACGGUAGCAUUUAUAGAUUGGGAUAUACUUUUUUACCUGCAGCCAUUAAAGCCUCUUUGAUCUGAAAUAUUCAUGAAGCCAUGAAUAAUGGACUUUUGUGUGAUUUUUAUAUAUAUAUAUAGAGAGAGAGAGAAAAUAGCCCCAAUGUUUAUCAUUAUGAUAGCCCCUGAUGGGGUUAGAAGAUAAAAACAACAUAUUUUUUGGUUGGUUUGUUUGUUUGUUUGGGUUUGGAUAUUCUCUUUUGCUUUGUGACAGGAUCAUAGGUAGUCCAGGUUGGUCCAGAACUCAUCAUCCUCUUGCCUCAAUUUCCCCACAACCUUUGCUACCAUUAUAUAUUAUAGACACACAUCACCACACCCAGAUCAGACUAUAGUCUUAGUCAAACACUUGAUCUGACUUAUUCCAAUGCCAAACCUUACUUACUUUUUAUAUUAUAGUAAUUUGUUUCUUUAAAAUUUAUUAAUUCUGCAAUUUCAUUUCUAUCUCUGUCCUUUUUUCUUCUUGAUACUGAGAAUUGCACCCAGGACUUUGUAUAUGAUGUGCACGUGCCCUGUCACUGGUUACAGCCCCACCCUUACUGAUUCCCAGUUGUUUUUUACCUGACUCACAGCUGAUUGCUCCCAAGCAUAGGUGGGUGGCUUUCAGAAAAACCAACUAGGAAAGACAGUCAUUUUUAUUUUAUUAUCAUACAUGAUCUUUGAAAACUGUGCCUAGUAAUAAAUAAAUCCUAAAACUCAUUAGAAUCCUAUUUUAGUAUGGUAAAUGAUCUUGGUUCUAAAUUGGGUUGUUUUGUCUUGUUUGUUUUUUUGUUUGGGGUUUUUUGUUUUGUUUUUCUUUUUUCUUUUUUUUUUUGUUAAGAGCUAGAAAAAAGGAAAAGGAAGAAAGAAAUGAGAAUAAAUCAGAGAUGAAUCGAUUUGAAGAAUUCUUUUGAGAUUGUUUUGGUUGAAAGUGUUGUGAGUCUACCCUAUCCUAAGAGUUGUGAGUUAGGACAGCCCUGGCAGCCUCCCUGGGAAGGACACGCCUCCCUGUGGAUUUUCCUCCCUAGUGGCAAAGCUUGUAGCCAAUACUAUGAAUAUACAAAUGGUUAGUUGCCUACUGCCCAAACAUUUUAAUAAAGUUACCUAACUAGUGUUUAAUAUAAAAUUAUACAAAGGCCUUUUUCUGUUCCAAUGAGACUACAUUUUUGAGGACAUUUUGUUUAUGGGUCUGUUAUAGGAAAUACAACUGCAAGAGAUAAUUGUAUAUAUAGUAAUAUUUAAAGUUUAUUUAAAGUUGAUUUAAGAGAGGAAUGCCUAGAUGUAUACUUUUCACCAGAACAUAUGGAAAACAUUGAAGAGAUGAAAGCCAGUUACAAUCCCAUCAUAGAAAUCACCAGGGUAACUAAACAGAGAAGCAUUCUUGUUUAGAAUAUUUAAAGGUAGCUAUCUUUUGUAAGGCCUACAAGGGUUCCUUUGUGAUAUUUAAAGGGCUUAAAUUUUUAGAAUGCUGGAUAAAUCACUUUUUAAAAAACUAAGCAUUUUAUAUAAGAAAAGCUUUGUUUCCAUUUUUUUUUCCAACUACCAGAUAGAUAGGAUGUGCUUUAGAAGUAAUGCUCUUACCGUGUUGUUAGGAGUUGUAGCUCCUCUUGUCAGUCUUUGCAUUUCCAAACUCUAGCCUUCAGAGUAUAAUGCCAAUAAAUCACUAACUCAAAAACAGAGAUUUGACAGUAACCUUUACUUUGUGCAUUUAAAUUUUUCAAGAAAUGGAUGUUAAUAUUCACUUCCCUUAACUGGCCAUUUUAAACAAUCCUAAGUUUUAUUUUGAGUUUAAUUUCAAGUUUAACCACAGUUCAUUAUAUUACUAGAUUUUAUUUUGGGUUUUUGAGGGGUGUUGUUGGGUUUUUUAAGUUCACAGUUUUGUUAAGACAAAAUGUUUAAGAGGUUUCAUUUCAUACUUAGGUUUGACCAUUUGAACUCCCGAUAAAUAGGAUCCAUGUUAAGAUAUAUUCCCUUUGUUAUUAAAAACAAAUGAACAAACAUGCUUGUGUUUGUUAAACUGUUUUACUAAGUAGAGUGAAGUAGUCAGGGCCUCUGAUUUGCUGAAUUACUGGUAACCUGGCUUCCUUCUAACUGCUGAGCUAGGCUCUCCUGUGUUAAAACUCAUCCUCGUUCUUUUGGAAGCUAUAUUAAGUCUUUCACUCCUUUAAAACAAAACAAAACAAAACAAAAACCUCUUAUUUCAUUCUCUUAGUUUAACUAAUAGAAGCCACUUAUGCAGAGAGCGUGUCCAUUUCAGGUUAUGCUUUAGUCUGUUAGCUUUGGAUUUCCUACAAGGUGCAUGACCAUACAACGUUAUGCAGAUGGCAGUUCUCUACCAGGGUCACAGAGAAUGAUUUCUUAGGAUGGCAAAUGAAUGGUCCUCAAUUUUAACUGAAGGGAUUUUGAUUUGUAGAUCUAAUGAACAGGCGAAUUGGAAACUUCCAUUGUACUGCAUCACUCAUCUGCCCCAAGGGCCUUCAAGCUCGGAAGUAUACAUCUGUGUGAAGAGUGAUUUUUUGAGUUCUUAACUAGGAGUGGGGGAAGGACCUAGGAAAGCUCACAUGGAGCAGACAGCCCAAAGGUAGGGGAGGAAGGUGGGUUUUCACUGUGAGUGUUAAGCGUUGACAUCAGGUGCCUUUUAUACUUUGAUAGUGGAAACCAGAAGGCAAUGGAACAGAAGUGAGGGAGUGGAGAGAUGUUAUUGUUGUAAACACAGCUACGAGGAAUAUUUAUAACUAAUACGUGUUUUAAAUAAGAUCAUUAAAAUUGAGAUUUCUUAUUUUGCUUAUACUAGUAUUCAUUCCUCUUUCGUUUUCGUCAGAAUGUGGUGACAUAGGAUAGUUUUUAUGUGAAAGUCAUCAGCAAAACAAAUUUACCAAAAUAUCAAUGGUUAACAUAAAUAAUGAAGUGGAAUCGAGCUAGUCCUCAGGCCGGUUAAGAAGUAAGCUAUAGAUGUUUCACUCUGGAUUAUACAUAAGUUGAGACUUUUGCUGCAGUCUAGAAACAUGAGCUAUUUUGAACACGGAAUGGUACCAGCCACUACCAGGAGUUAGACUGUUAGUAAUGUAUGCUGAAGUGAUGAGUGAGACACUUUCCCCAUACCAUAAUUCUAUUUUUAUAAUAGAAACAAUAGCUCAUGGCUUUGGAAGUAGUCACUGUAGAGUCAGACAGUGCUGCUGGAACCUUGCUUUGGCAGUGUCUGUUGCUUUAACGGCUUCUUCAGCUUUAGUAGUGCUCCCUCUGAGCAAGACCCACUCCGGUUCCAGCAGACACCAGGCUUCCUCUGUACAUAACAGCUUACAAAAAAAAUGUAGGAGUUCAGACCAUGAUUGAAAAAUAUUAGAAGUAAUGUUUGUAUUAAUUAAAAAUGAAAGAAAAAUUAAGUUUUUUAAGUGCCUAAUUUAUAAAAUUAAAUUCUUGUUUUCUAAGUUAUUAAGCUUUGUUAAGCCUAAAAGCCCUGGCUCAGUUGUGAUGAUUUACUAGUAAAAUCACCAAGAAUCAUUUGAGGAGCUAGAGUGUCAUGACUUUUACUGAAUUCCUUGUUUUCUCAAAUGCCAGUCUGACUACACCUAGUGGUAGAAAGGUCAUCCUGUGAAUGAGUGCUCAUUACCAAAGCGCAUCGCCUGCCUGCUGAGGAGUCAGCCUCUGGCUGUACCAGGAGAAGUGGUAGUGUUGGCUUCAAAAUGGGAAGCAUUUUCUGCAGUUCUGUUUUCCAGAGAGUCCCUUUUCUGUGAUUAGUGUGUGAGUGUUCUUCCUAUGGGUUUGUCAUGUUAGGUAGCAGUCCCCGGGUGACAGCUGGUAUGGAAGGUCUUAGAUACUGAGAAUGCAUUCCGGUUUUGAAGGUUGCACUGCUUUUCUGCCCUCUAGAGUGCGUGGCAUUGGGUAUUUAGAAGUGAGGUAAUAAACUUAUUAUUUUGUUUAUACAAAAUGAUGGCUUCUGAUGCUUAUAUAUGAAGGUAUUGCUUAAAGAAACAACAGUCUCUGGUAGGGUAAAAAUCUAGUUUUGACUCAAGUUCCAGUGAUGUGUUUAGUUUAUUGAUACUCCUGUUGCAUCAGCUAGAUAUUGCCAGCCUCUUUAUUAAGGCACCCUUGUGGCACCUUACGUUCAACUUGAAGGAUGGUAUGUGGCCUCUUUGUGCCUCUACUGUCUUUUCAAAAGCCAUUUUAUAAAAAUCUUAGGUAUUUUAAUAUUUAAAUAUAUAUAUAUUUGUGAGAGAUACUUUUAGAACGAACUUUUUUUUUUAACGUUAAAAUUCCUGUAUUCCCAUUUUUAAGAGUAAACUAAAGAUUUUCCAGGCAUAGGACUAUCUUUUUUCAGAACCAUGAUAAGAAAGUCAGAUUGAGGUAAUAAACCAGAGAGUUUGGUGAUAGGGAAAGAGAUGUCUGGUGAGGAGAAACAGAUUUAAAGGUGAAAACAAUUACUUUGAUGUAACAAAUUAACUUUUUAAAAAAGUGUGGUUUUGCUCCUGUGAUUUCGUAUUUGCUGCUAUAGUAGCUCACUAUUUUAUAGGGCUAAUAUAUAAAUCUGGCCCCAUUUAAAACUGAGGUCCUUUCUAAUACAAGCAGCCUAGAAAGAGACUACCCCACGGUCUGCCGGCCGGUGGCCAGGCGUUCCCGUAGCUGAUGCAUGCUUUACUAGUUGCCUGCGGCUGGCAGCACGGAGGUCAGCGAAGCUUCCUCCCUGCCGGGUAGAGCAUUGUAACUCAUGGGGACUGGCAUCUGGGAGACAGGCCAAAGAGGGAACUGCUGAGGAGAAAAUGUGGGAGCAGUUCCAGGGAGGGGUGUCCCCUGUUCUCCACCACUCUCCCACAACAGUACUACUCCAGCUGUGCCAGUCCCCACAUCACCAGCCUGGACCAGUUGUCAUCUCAUUCAAGUAUAGCUUUACUUGGUGACAGUGGCCAUAGCUAAAUUACUUGGCAUGUUUGACUUUCUACAAUGACAAAAAUGGUCUUAAAUUUUUGUUUUGAUUUCCUAAAAAAAAAAGAAAAAAAUGUACACAGUGUCAUAACUUCAUGUUUUAUAAACUAGUAUCUGGCUAUUAGUAUUUUACAGAAACCAUGGUUCUUGGUGACUACAUAAUAUAUAUAUAUAUAUAUUUUUGUGACUUUUUUGUAAACUAAGUGCCGUUUCAACGUUACAAUCAUUUUUAGAGUUAUUGUAAUCAAUGUGAAUAUCAUGUUUUUUCAAAUCUGUUCUGAGCCUAGUGUUUGCUUUGUGAACAUACGUAUAUUGUAUAUAUUCUGUAUAGUUAUACUGUACUGAAAUAUUAGCUUGUUUGAUAUGAGAAAAAGUAUGUAUUGAGUACCUUUUUGCUAGCCUGAUUGCUUAAUCUUUUUAAAAAAAAGGUUUAAAUUUUUUUUUAAUCUUUAAACUGGCCUUUAUCAAUGGUCACAAAUAAAGUUGCAGUUAGAAGGGAUGGACAGGGAGAAGUCAGUCUUGAGUGUCUUUGGAUAGAAACAUGAGACUAAGGUUUGUUUUUGUUUAGUUGUUUUUCUCAUUAAAGUAUCUUACCGAUGUUUUAUGAA